CACAGCGGCUGAUUUAGUCAACUGCUCGCCAAUUCAAUUUCAAUCUUCUCGUCGUCGUGAACGUCGUCGGUUGUGUUUUUGUCUGUUAUUUGUGCGUUGCGCGUACAUUUAUUGUCAAUUAAUCGCUCGCUUUUACGCCCCAUUGCCACAGCUUCUGCGGUUAGCCUGUGUCUCUGUGCCCCGCCAACAAAAAAAAAACAGUAAAAAAGCAGAAAGCGAAAACGCCGCGCCCGCACCCGCACCCGCAACCGCUCCUGCACAGCCUGAUAUAAUGGCAAAUUUCGAUGAUACACUGCAGCGCGCCCGUCUCGCCUUCGCCAGCGGCAAGACCAGGAACGUAAGCUUUCGACGCAAGCAAUUGGAAAAUCUACUGCGCUGCUAUGAGGAGCAUGAGAACGAGAUUAUCAGCGCCCUGGAGGCUGAUUUGCGACGACCCAAACAGGAGAGUUUAAUUGUGGAAACGGAAUUCAUGAAGAACGACAUCAAGCACAUACUCUAUCAUCUGAACGACUGGGUCAAGCCCGAAAAGCCGGACAAAUCGUUUGUCAAUAUGCUGGACGAUGUGCAGAUCUAUAAUGAUCCCUUUGGCGUUGUCCUGGUAAUUGGCGCCUGGAACUAUCCGCUGCAGCUGUUGCUGGUGCCCGUUGCCGCUGCCAUUGCUGCCGGCAAUUGUGUCGUGCUCAAGCCCAGCGAAAUCGCCGGCAAUUGCGCCAAGUUCAUUGCGGAGACAAUACCCAAAUAUCUGGAUAAUGAUUGUUAUCCCGUCGUCUGCGGCGGACCCAGCGAGACGGCCGAGUUGUUAAACAAACGCUUCGAUUAUAUAUUCUACACGGGCUCCACGCGCGUCGGCAAAAUUGUGCACGCGGCGGCCAAUAAGAACUUGACGCCCACAACCCUGGAGCUGGGCGGCAAGAGCCCCUGUUAUAUUGACAAGUCGGUGGAGUUGCGCACAGCUGUCAAGCGCAUACUGUGGGGCAAGCUGAUCAACUGUGGCCAGACAUGCAUUGCACCCGACUACAUACUCUGCUCCAAGGAGAUGGAGCAAAAGUUCAUAGCCGAGGCCAAGGAGGUGCUCAAGGAGUGGUACGGCGACAAUAUACAAAGCAGCCCGGAUCUGAGUCGUGUGAUCAACCAAAACAAUUUCCAGCGUCUGUUGGGUCUGAUGAAGUCCGGUCGCGUUGCCGUGGGCGGCAAAUACGAUGCCAGCGAGCGUUUCAUAGAGCCCACAAUUCUAGUUGAUGUUAAGCCAGACGAUCCCAUCAUGGGAGAGGAAAUCUUUGGCCCCAUCUUGCCCAUUUACACAGUUGAGAAUGCCUACGAUGCGAUCAAGUUCAUCAAUGCCAGAGAAAAUCCGCUCGUCCUGUAUAUUUUCACAUCGGAAACAGAGGUUCUCGAUCUGUUCGUGAAUGGCACACAAUCGGGCGGAAUGUGCGUCAAUGACACGAUAAUGCAUUAUGCCGUUGAUACCCUGCCUUUUGGCGGCGUCGGCAUGAGCGGCAUGGGCAGUUAUCAUGGCAAAUAUGGAUUCGAUACCUUCACGCACAAGAAGUCGUGCCUGGGCAAGAACCUGGCCAUGCUGGGCGAAAAGAUGGCAUCGGCACGCUAUCCGCCGUAUUCGGAUCGGAAGAGUUCGCUGCUUUCGUUCCUGUUGCGCAAACGCCGUCCACUCCCCAAUUUGUAUCUGUCACACAUAUUUGCCGCUGGUCUUGGCAUUGGGCUCACAUUCUUGAUGAACUAUUAUCUGCAGGGCAAGCUGUUGUCGCGCUAGAACCCAUUAAAUCUAUGGGUCGGACUUGGGCCGUAACACACCAUGAGCCAGUGGACUUUUGUCAUUUAUACUAUAUUUGGAUUCGCAUUCGCAAAAUCAGAAUCAAACUAAAUAUGAGCAUGUACUUUUGUACUUUUAAUACGCAAAACGGUGGGUGAUGUAAUGCUAUUGGAUACUCCGCUUUAUACUAGUUAUUGUUAUUUAGUUGCUAUUUAAAUAAACACAAAAAUAAAUGUUAAAAAAAAAAACAAA